UAGCUCUGGCGUUCUCCACCACCUUUGGGGGUGUUUCCCACUUUGAUCUCGGGGUUUCCAGUCCAUAUUCUGCACAGAUGUUUCUGUACACUAUGCCUGCCACUUGGUUAUGUUGUUCCAUGUACGCUUUCCCUGCCAGUAUCUUGCACCCUGCUGUGAUGUGCUGGACUGUCUCAGGGGCCUCCUUGCACAACCUACACCUUGGGUCUUGUCUGGUGUGGUAGAUCUGGGCCUCUAUUGCUCUGGUGUUUAGGGCCUGUUCCUGGGCGGCCAGGAUGAGGGCCUCUGUGCUGUCCUUCAGUCCAGCUUUUUCCAGCCAUGGAUAGGAUUUACUGAUAUCAGCCACUUGGGUUAUUUGCUGGUGGUACAUCCCAUGUAGGGGCUUGUCCUCCCAUGAUGGUAUCUCUGGCACCUCAACCUCCGUUCUCUGUUGUCUGAGACAUUCACUGAGCACAUUGUCUGUUGAGGCUUUGUCCCUGAUGUAUGUAUGGAUCUUAGUCUUUUCAUCCUGGACAGUGGUUCUCACACGCACUAAUGUCUGAUCCUUUCUCACCUUGCGGCUCGUGUAUAGUCUCAGGAUUACACAAAAGUUAUUCACCACAGGAGGGAGCUCUCUGGCAACUUUAUAGUUCAAGUAGGCAGCUCUUAUUACUGUGAUAAUUUACACCAAGAAGUGUUUACUGAUAUUCAUUGCAAUGCUUUUUAAUCUGAGUGCUAAGCUGUCCUCUCAGUCACAUCUACAGAUUUACAUCAAGGCCAUGUUACAACUGAUUUUUAUCGUGGCUGUCAUUUUAACAGGUUUAUCUAAUGGAUCUGGUGUGUUACCAGAUGGUCCCCUGAUUGCCUCUGUUGGAGGGACAGUGAUGUUCACAACAAACAUGAAUCCAUCAGAAACGCCAUUUACGUUGGUCAACUGGCAGCUUGAUUCUGGCUCUGCACCUAAACCCAUAGUUUUCUCGCUUACUAGUGAAAACAUAACUGCACAAGAAUAUGAAGGCAGGAUCACUCUCUUCAGAUCUACUGGAUCUCUGGAACUCAGGAGUCUGCAACUCACUGACAGUGGAGGUUAUUUAGUGACUAUUCAAGAUGGAGUGCAUCAAAAGAUAGGACGCAUCACACUGCACAUAUAUGAGCCAGUCAGUGUAAGAGUUUUCCCACUAAGUGCAGACUUGAUUGAGUUCAGUGGUUCUGUAAGUUUGUCCUGCUCCUCUUCUGGAUCUUCUCUUUCCUUCCUCUGGAUGAAAGACAGCUCUCAGGUCACACCCAGUGACAGAGUUCGGAUCAGUACAAAUGAAGAAAACUCCAUUCUAACUAUAGUUAAUGUGACCCGAAAUGACCAGGGAUCAUACACAUGUCAUGUGUCUAAUCCUGUCAGUUCUGUCAUCAGUGAUCCAGUAAACAUCUCUGUUAACUAUGGUCCGGAUAAUGUACAGAUAGAAGUGUAUCCAUCACAGGAACAUUAUGAGAAAGGAUCAGAUAUUAAUCUGACCUGCUCUGCUGACUCAUCACCUUCUGCUGAAUAUCAGUGGUUUCUGAAUGGAGACAAGCUGUCCAGUAGCGGUCCAUUGCUCCAACUGGUGAAUAUCCAGAUGAGUCAGAGUGGAAGCUACAGCUGUCGAGCCUUUAACAGCAAAACUAUGAGAUAUCAAACCUCUGAACCUUCACUUGUCUCUGUACAUGAGCGAGUCUCUAAUGUAAAGAUCAUUCAAGAUGUUACCCACUUGAUUGAGUUCAGUGGGUCUGUCAGCUUCUUCUGCUCCUCCUCUGGAUCGUCUCUCUCCUUCCUCUGGAUGAACAGCAGCUCUGAGGUCACAUCAAGUGACAGAGUUCAAAUCACUGAUAUCAUUGAUGGAGGAUCCAAGCUGACUAUAAUCAAUGUGACCAGAUAUGAUGAUGGAUCUUACAGCUGUCAUGUGUCUAAUCCUGUCAGCAGUGCCAAGAGUGAUCCUGUACACUUUUCUGUCAGCUAUGGCCCAGAGAAAGUCAACUUAGAAUCACCUACUGAAACAUAUCCAGAAGGGUCGAACAUCCGUUUGUCUUGUUCAGCUGACUCCAGACCUGAUGCCUCUUUUGAUUGGUUCUUUAAUGGAAAAAGUCUGUCUGCUUCUGGAUCUGUGCUUGAACUCCUUAAUGUUCAAAAGAGUCAGAGUGGAAACUACAGCUGUCGGGCCUUUAACAGCAGAACCUUAAAAUAUCAAACAUCUCAACUUUUACUCCUAUCCAUAGUGGAGCCAGUCUCUAAUGUAAAGGUUACUCAAGAUAUUAACCACUUGAUUGAGUUCAGUGGGUCUGUCAGCUUCUCCUGCUCCUCCUCUGGAUCGUCUCUCUCCUUCCUCUGGAUGAACAGCAGCUCUGAGGUCACAACCAGUGACAGAGUUCAGAUCACUGAUAUCAUUGAUGGAGGAUCCAAGCUGACUAUAAUCAAUGUGACCAGAUAUGAUCAUGGAUCAUACAGCUGUCAUGUGUCUAAUCCUGUCAGCAGUGCUAACAGUGAUCCUUCGCACCUCUCUGUCAGCUAUGGCCCAGACAAAGUCAACUUAAAAUUACCUUCUCAAAAAUAUCCAGAAGGAUCGGACAUCCAUCUGUUUCAUUCAGCUGACUCCAGUCCUCCUGACAUUUUUCACUGAAUUGAAAAUUUCUGCCUGAUUCUGGAUCGGAGCUCAAACUCACUAAUGUUCAGAAGAAUCAGAACUACAAUUGGUGGACCUAUAAUAACAUAACCUUAUUAUAUCGAACAUCUCAACCAAGUGUCUUGUCCUGUGCUGCAUUUAGGAGGUUCUUCAAAUAUUGUCUUUGACUUAAUGCUUUCCAUCUUACCAUUAACUACCACUAGUUUCCUUAUUUAUUUAGAAGAGAAGUAUCCCAACAGCAUCAGUCUGUAGCACCCAUCUUUGACAAGAAAAUUAUAUUUUAAUCUGAUCUAAAAUGCAUCUAAAAUAGUAUUUCCGGCCAUACUGAUAUUUGAAAGUUCAAAAUUAACCAUGCUGUCCCUUCUAAUAGGUUUGAUUGUACCAAUUAUUUCAAUGGUUCUAUUCAUGGUCUCUGGUUAAUCUGGAUUAGUCUACAACAGCAAAAAGUCUGAAUUAUUGUCUUGUUAAAAAAUAUAAUUCCUUACUUUCUUCAUACUGCUGCUUGCUUUGUGUGUAAAGAUAAUUUGAUUUUGUCAAGGUAUUGUGUAGCAAUUAUGAUUGCAAGUUAAGGGACCGUAUGACAUACAUAAAGAAGAUAAAUUUUAAAGAAAUUAUUAAUAAUUUUCAGUUAAUAAAUAUUUAGAUUAUACCUUAACACCAAAAAUGGUAUAAUUUUUGUGUCUUGUGGACAGACAUGGACAGCUUUGCUUUUAUUGUGGAGACGUUAUUUUAUAAUUUCAGGUUUGAAUGUUUUUACUAUCAUUUGUAUCUUAUUGAUGUAUUCAAUAUAAUAGUAAGUGUAAAACAAUAUUCAUGCAACGGUCAUUAUUGUAUUAUUUUAUAUAUUACUCUAAUUAAAACUAGCAUAGGACAAUAGAGUAUGAUGAAUAUUUAUAAAUGUCUAAUUUAUUCUAUUUUUCCAUUUUAUUUCUUGUCUAAACAGAAAACUUCAA